CGAAAUCAAAGAGAUGGCUUCACUUCAUCUUGAAAAAAUAUUGUGGCUUGUCGUAUGAUGCUAUGAAAUUAUUUAUUUGAAUCGUAGUAGCUUUGAAUGUGAUUUAAUAUUUAAUAUUACACAAUAUUGUAUGUGUUAAAUGAAUGAAAAUCCAAUUGUUUCAUUGGUUUAAAGUACAAUUUUUUAUUACAAUGGGUGUCACUGUCAACAAGCAGCUCAUCUCUUUGUCGCUGCUCUUUCUUGCCUUCCUCUCAGGCCAAGCUCAUGGACAGGGCAUGGAUCUAUGUGCCGGAGCUAACUACGCAGCCCUCUGCCACUCGGUUGUGGGAAGAGAGAAAAGCCCAUAUGUCGCCGCGGAGGCAACUGUCAACCGAUUGAUUUCAGAGACAAAGCAAGCAAAGAGUUCGGCUGCUAGGCUUCCCCACAAGGACUCUCCAACUUGCACGUACGUGUAUGACGAAGCCCUUUACAGCCUCAAGGAGAGCCUGCGAAGUCUCAAGAGUCAUGACAUAGGCAGCUUCAACGUCAAACUCUCUGCGGUUAUGAGCUUCGCCGAAGCAUGCAAAGACUCGUUUGAGGAAAUGGGGAAGCCAUUCCCCAUUGCCAAGCAGAAUGAACUCAUCAAACACAUUGCCAGCAAUGCUUUGCAUAUAGCAACAUUCAUUCCCUGAAGACGCCGCUGUGAUUAUUCAUGGAUUAGCCUAAAAUAAUUUGUAAUACAUAUAAGAGAUGAAGAAAACAAGUGAGGUUAUCAAAUAUGCCGCAAAACUUUUGAUUAAUAAGAAGAGUUUGAUGGGUUAAUGUAGAAGCAAAA